CAGGAAGAAGACGCCCAACCGCUCACUGAACCCAUUAUACAACCGGUUCGGCUCAAGAAGUUUUCACACGAAGUGCAAGACUUGCCCACAACUGUCUAUGACUUGGAAUUUAUGACGGAUCUGAUGGACAGCACAGAACUGAUACGAAACGUUGCAUUUGUUGGUCAUUUACAUCACGGAAAGACCGCAUUCAUUGACUGUAUUGUAGAGCAAACACAUCCAGAGCUGAAGACCAAAGAAGGAAAAGCGUUUCGUUUUACAGACAUCUUAUACACAGAACAAGAGAGAGGAGUGAGUAUUAAAUCGACGCCAAUAACAGUUGUGAUGCAAGACUUGAAGUCCAAGUCAUACCUAAUGAACAUAAUGGACACUCCGGGUCACGUGAACUUCUCCGAUGAGGUGACCGCCGCUAUCAGACUAUGCGAUGGUAUU